UAACUACUAGAUGCCGGGGAAAUGUAGCUACAAAGUGGUGCAAAUCACACCGUAAGUGGCACGUGUGUGCAAGAUCUAGUCGUUCAUUUGGUGGGUCUUCAUCUCGACGAUAUUUGUCCCAGCGACCCAACCUAUAGUGCACUCGUGUGCUCCUUCGUCCUCGUGCUAAUAGAUACGUUAAAGUGAGCGGAUUUGGGGGUCCGCGAGACACCAAUUACCAUGGCAGCGCAGGUGGUGCUCCAACCCUCUCCGCCCUCUCUCGGACCCCGCAAAACCCACCACCACCACCGACUCGGCACCUUCCAUGCACUCGAAUCGUGCUCCACCAUGUCCGAACUCAAGCAAUUCCAUUCCCAAAUCAUCCGCCUUGGCCUCUCUUCCGACAACGAUGCCAUUGGCCGCGUCCUCAAGUUCUGUGCCAUCUCUGAAUUCGGUGAUCUAAACUACGCCCUCCAACUGUUUGAUAGAAUUCCCCAACCAGAUGCCUUCAUCUACAAUACCAUCAUUAGAGGCCAGUUGCAAACCCAAUCCACCAGAACCUGCAUUCUCUUGUACACCCAGAUGCUGUGUCGGUCUGUCUUGCCUAAUAAAUUCACGUUCCCAUCCGUUAUCAGAGCCUGCUGCAUCGAAGAUUCGAUCGAGGAAGGGAAGCAGGUCCAUGCCCAUGUUUUGAAACUUGGGUUUUGGAAAGAUGAGUUCUCCCAGAACAAUCUGAUUCACAUGUACGUUAAUUCCUAUUGUUUGGAUGAUGCUCGGCGUGUGUUCGAUAAAAUGCCUCGCCGGGACGUUAUCUCUUGGACCACAUUGAUAAGUGGGUAUUCUCGGUGGGGCCUUGUAGAUGAUGCUUGUAAGGUUUUCGAGAUGAUGCCUGAGAGGAAUUCCAUAUCUUGGAAUGCCAUGAUUGCAGCAUAUGUCCAGAGCAGUCGGUUCCAGGAGGCGUUUUCUCUUUUCAAUCAGAUGCGGGCUGAGAAAGUGGAAUUGGAUAAGUUUGCAGCAGCGAGCAUGUUGGCGGCGUGUACUGGCUUGGGGGCUCUUGAGCAAGGAGAAUGGAUACAUAGGCAUGUAGAGAAGAGUGGGAUUGAAUUGGAUACAAAACUGGCGACGACAAUCAUCGACAUGUAUUGCAAAUGCGGGUGCCUCGAGAAGGCUUAUGAAGUCUUCAGUGGCCUGUCGCAUCAGGGACUCUCUUCAUGGAAUUGCAUGAUUGGGGGUCUAGCAAUGCAUGGGCAGGGUGAAGCUGCCCUCAAGCUUUUCAAGGAAAUGGAGAAUGAGAAAGUAGCGCCAGACGACAUCACACUUGUCAAUGUUCUCAAUGCAUGUGCCCAUGCUGGUUUGGUGCAAGAGGGUCGCCAUUACUUCGACCACGUAACCAAAACUUAUGAAAUUGAACCCAAGAUGGAGCAUUUUGGAUGCAUGGUUGAUUUGCUUGGUAGGGCUGGGUUACUCGACGAAGCCAGAAAGCUCAUUGAUGAGAUGCCCAUGAGCCCUGAUGCAGGUGUCUUGGGUGCCCUUCUUGGGGCAUGUAAGAUCCAUGGCAAUAUCGAUUUGGGAGAGCAAGUGGGGAAACGGGUCAUUGAGCUGGAGCCUCAAAAUAGCGGGCGAUACAUCCUACUAGCCAACCUUUACGCUAGUGUUGGCAGAUGGGACGAUGUAGCUAAUGUGAGGACACUGAUGAACGACAGGGGAGUAAACAAGGCCCCUGGUUGUUCUAUGAUUGAAUUGGAUGGUGUUGUUAGUGAAUUCAUUGCUGGGGGGCGGUCUCAUCCUCGAGCAAAAGAGAUCUACUUGAAGGUUGAUGAGAUGUUGCAAUGUAUAAGGUCUGCAGGUUAUGUGCCCGACACGGAUGGAGUUCUGCAUGACAUUGAUGAGGAAGAGAAGGAGAAUCCAUUGUACUAUCACAGCGAGAAGCUUGCUAUUGCCUAUGGGUUGUUGAACACAAGCCCUGGGGCGACGAUUCGGAUAUCAAAGAAUUUGAGAGUAUGCAGAGAUUGCCACCAUGCUAGCAAGCUCAUAUCGAAGGUGUUCGACCGGGAAAUAGUCGUGCGGGAUCGGAGCCGCUUCCACCAUUUCAGAGGAGGAGAAUGUUCUUGCAAGGAUUAUUGGUGAAAUGGAAAGAAAUCCCUCUUCAGAUCAAAGUGAGGGAAAGAAAUAGUAGGUGUUUUAAGUUAUAUUGUUCAUGGCUGGGUUCUCUACUGUGUAUAAUGCCAAUAGCUAUGAACAUUUUUGGCCUUGUAAUUACUAUUCACAACAUUGGUUAAUUUGUUAUAAAAUAUAGCUGCUUGGCAAGGAA